AUGUUCCACAACAUCAUCAUUCGCAUCAUCGUUAUUAUCGCCACCAUCGUCAUCACCAGCAACAACACAUUUGCGUGUACAAGGAUGAAGAAGCUGGCUCAACCCAAACCCAACCAGCUGAGAUAUCCAGACCGUCACCCCUUUCUCUCUUUUAUCUCUUCUCUCAUUCAUGCUCUCACCUGCCCCCCCCCCCCCCCCCCCCCCCGUCUCUUCCCUACCUUCUCUUCUCAUGUUUUUUUCUCUCUCCAAAGACUUUCUCCUACGUGGGAGGUAAGUGAAUGGGCUCUCCAGGCUGUUGCAUCUGAUCGGUUGUGUAGUCUGGCUCAUCCUCGGGCACCUGCAGCUGGCUGGCAGCUGGACCGCCCACUGCUGGCCCCUUUGAACAGAGCAACUCGGACAGCAGUUGCCACAUCGAGGAUUUGCCAGCUCGCCCAACCAAGAAGAAGGCUUGCUCUGGAGGGCUCUGGCCACAAAUCUAAACCUGAACCCAACUCUCAUGUGCCCUACAGAGCAUCAGCACACAUAGAGCUACUUGCUACCCCUAAACAUGACCACCCCAAGUUCAGAGGAGAGCGCCCGGUGUGCUGGCUCGUCUCCAGAGCAGCCAGAAGCCAUGUAGCGGACCAGAGACUUCUCGAGCUCUCCAGUCCUAAAGAGAGGAAGGCUCUCUUUGAGGGCUAUGACCCGUACAGAGUUAGCCGGGCAGCCCGCUCGGCCAGCCCCUCCCCUCGAAUUCAACAGCUCUCUCUUCCUCUGCCUCGCAAAUGUAGCUCCAGGCAGGAGGGAUGAAGUCAGAUCUCGUUAUUAAUAUAUUCAUUUCAUUUGAAGCUAUGACGCCUAUUAAUAGCUUUGUUA